AUGAAGACUGGUGUCUUGUCUCCGUCGUCGACCUGUCGGACUUUUGAUGCGGGCGCCAAUGGAUACGGACGCGCGGAUGGUGUUAAUGCCGUCAAUGGAAGAACUACAGGAGUCACACUGCCCAGCGUCGACUUCCAAGAGGCCGUCAUUCGAAAGGCGUAUGCAAAAGCCGGGAUUGAUUUCUUCGGAACUGAUUAUGUCGAAUGCCAUGGCACCGGAACAGCUGUCGGAGACCCAAUUGAGCUGGAUGCUCUUGGGCGUUGUUUCGUUCGACGCGAACAACGCCACCCUCAACUCAUUAGAUCAGUAAAAGCCAACCUCGGCCACAGCGAGGCUGCCAGCGGCCUCACGUCCCUGAUCAAGGUCGUCCUCGCUUUCCAGCAUGGCGCUAUUCCCCCGAUGCUUGGCCCGAAGACCUUAAAUCCGAAGCUUCGACUUGAAGAACGGCAGAUGAAAAUCGCCACCGAGGUUGAGGAAUGGCCAAGCAAGCUGCUCCGAAGAGCCAGUUUGAACUCGUUUGGCUACGGUGGGGCCAACGCUCACGCCAUCCUCGAGUCUUUCGACAGCUUUAUGGCUUCCAACAGCCCUGGCAAGCAAGGCAUCGUCACGUCAGCAUCAUCGGCUACCCUGGAAACACGGACACAACAGAUCUCUGAGCAAGCAAGGCUCUGCGACUUGAGUACCAUUGGGAGGCUGGCUUUCACCUUGGCUCUUCGCGUGCCUCAGCUGACUGCGAGGACCUGUCUCAUUUCAAGGACACAUUCACAUGGUGCCAAGACUAUAGAGAUUGAUGCUGCUCCCGGACUCGUUGAAAGCCAGCGCAGUGUUUUGCAUCUGGCUUUCAUCUUCACCGGCCAAGGAGCCCAGUAUCCCAACACGGCUAAAGAGUUGCUUGCUGCUUCUCCCGCAUUCCUAAAAGCAAUACGUGAGCAAGACGAGGUUUUGAAGGCCUUGCCAAUCCACCAAGCACCGAACUGGACCUUGGAGCAGGCUAUCUUAGACCCUCCAGAAGUCAGUCGAGUCCACAGCCCUAUCCGAAGCCAGCCGCUCUGUACUGCGAUUCAGAUCGGACUGGUCCAGGUAAUGCGAUCUUGGGGCGUCGUCCCUUCAGCAGUGGUAGGCCACUCGCCAGGUGAGAUUGCGGCGGCAUACGCAGCCGGGCUCUUGAGCUUGUCCGAAGCCAUUCUCGUCGCUUACUUUCGGGGAGUCUCUGUCGAUCAUGUUCAUGGCAAAGGAGCCAUGAUGGCUACCGGGAUGACUUCCGAAGCCGCCAUUCAGCUCAUCAAGGAGAUGGGCUUCGCGCAAGAGGUCCACAUCGCCUGCAUAAACGCGCCGGAAAAUGGGACACUGAGUGGCUCGACAACGAGUCUCGAUAGACUCUGCGAGGAAAUCCAGGCGAGGGGGAAGUUUUGUCGCAAGUUGGAGACAGGUGGUCGAGCAUACCACUCACCUAUGACCGAGGAAGUCGGUGCCAUUUACCAAGACCUACUGAACAAGCACUUGAUAUAUAUAACCUAA